UCCCGUCAGUUUGCGUGUAAACUAGCGAGCGGUAGCUCGCGUUUCGUUUUCAUUCUUUACGUGAAAUUUUAAAAUUUUGUGUAUUAUACACUGCGUGAGUUGUGCCAACCAACACUCUUGUCUCCGAUUUGGACGAUUUUGAGGUUCAAAAUGAGAGGCUUCAAAAGCCUUAUACUCCUGCAGCUGGUCUACAUCACCAGUUGUAUGGACCAGCUGCACAUCGUGUACGAGUGGACACAACUUGACUUCCAAUUCCCGACCCUGGACGACAGGCACCAGGCCAUCAGCAACGGGACAUUUAUACCUGAGAACAACAUGCCCAUGGGUGUUGAAGUGUACGGUGAUAGAUUGUUUAUCACCGUGCCAAGAUGGAGGAAUGGGGUUCCAGCUAGUUUGACGUAUAUUAAUAUAAAAGAUAAUUCAACGGUAUCACCUAAACUUAUCCCGUAUCCCAACUGGGGGGCGCAUGUACCUGGACCCGACGGCAAACCGGAGAUUGUCUCUCCUUUCAGAGUGCGCGCUGACAAAUGUAACAGACUAUGGGUUGUCGACAAUGGAAAGAUAAAUAAUCUAGGCAAUAAUACAGUUAAAUAUCCACCAGCGAUUUUAAUUUAUGAUUUAACAACAGAUACGUUACUACGAAAAUAUGUAAUACCAAAAGACCAAGUCAAAGAAGAUUCUGGUUUCGCGAACAUAGCUGUUGAAGACAGAGAUUGCGAGGACACAUAUGCAUAUGCAGGUGAUGUUGGCAAAGCUGGUAUUGUGGUCUACUCAUGGGCAAAGAACGAUUCUUGGAGGAUAUCCCAUCAUUUCUUCCAUCCAGAUCCUUUAGCGUGUGAUUUCAGUGUCAAAGGUUACAACUUCAGUUGGACUGACGCCAUCUUUGGUUUAGGUCUUUCCGGACCUAAUGCGGAUAAUUACAGCACGUUAUAUUUCCAUCCGAUGGCUAGUUACAAUGAGUUUGCUGUAUCAACAGAAUAUUUAAGGAAUCAAUCGUUGGCUGAAAGCAAUUUUGAUGCGUUCAAACUCUUAGGUAGUAGGGGACCUAACGCUCAAUCAAGUGUAUCCUUCGUUGAUCCGAAAACUGGUGUAUUAUUUUAUUCCUUGGUGAAUUUGAAUGCUGUCGCUUGCUGGAGGACGACUAACAAGAAUUAUAAUAUGAAAAAUCAAGGAAGAAUUUAUAUGAAUGAUGAGACAAUGAUUUAUCCAAGUGAUAUCAAAGUGGAUUACAAUGAUAACCUUUGGAUACUGUCGAAUAGGAUGCCUAUUUGGAUGUAUGGACAAUUGGAUCCAAAUGAAGUUAAUUUUAGAGUGUUUUUCGCUCAUGUGGUCGACGCAAUAAGUCACACUGCCUGUGAUAUAACACCUAGAUCUGAUAUACUUGAUAAAUUUGUUAAUAAAAUUAAAAAUGUAACGAAUAAAAUUGCAGCAAAAGUGAAUCCUAAUUCAGCAGCAACGAUUUCACCAUUUUCAUUACUAACUACUCUGGCUGCAAGUUGGAUUUUUGCUUUUGUGAUUUUUGUUUAAUUUAAAUAUUAUUUUAACAUGGUAUUGUUAAAUUGAUGUUUUCGUAUGAUAUAUAUUUUAAUUAUCGUUUUACAAAAUAUACAUAAAUAAAAAAUAAAGUAUUGAAAACGACAUUUAAAUAAGAAAAUUUAAAAAUCGUCUUUUCAUUGUAAAAUAUAUAUGUAAUUCAAACGAGAUAGUACUAAAUAUUAAUUUGCCUUAAAAAUAUUUACAUGCGUUUUGUUCCGUAAUAUUAUAUGGUUAUUUAAAAUUAAAAUGUGAACAUUUGCUUUUAAGGUUAUAUUUAUAAACUCGUACGUUUUAAGAGUUGUUUCUUAUCAUAAGUUAAUGUAUUUUAUGAGAUAAAUAAUAUUAAAAAAACAAAUCACAGAUAAAAUUAUAAUUUGUUAAAACUGUCAGCUGUUCAUUACCAAGGGCGUUCCGAUAUUUUGCCCAACAAAGAAGUAAUUUUAUACAUUACUAGCUGUCGCCCGCGACUCCGUCCGCGCGGAAUUAAAAAUAGAUGUUGGUCGAUUCUCAGACCUACUCAAUAUGCUCACAAAAUUUCAUGAGAAUCGGUCAAUCAGUUUCGGAGGAGUAUGGAAACGAAAAUUGUGACACGAGAAUCUUAAAGAUUUUUUUUAUUUCACGAAAUCUUAUUUUGUCCGAUAUAGCAACGAUUUUUUAUAUAUAUAUAUACGUUACCGUUCUAUUUAUUGUGAUGAUAAAAUUAAGUAUAUAGGAUAGACUGUACAUACUAAAAGUUUGUGUCUUAAAAUUCUAGAAUAGCGUGCG